GGAUCAAUCCGGAAAGUGGCGAAGUGAAGUCAGUGCAAAUAUCGUGCUACACAACAAUGGCCACGUCGGGUACGCCGAGCUUUGCUUUCGUGAAAUACCACGACGGUGCCAAGGCAAUAGUGCAUAUUUCACUGAUAAAGAAGUAUGCCCCUACGUCGGUGAACGAACUGUGCAAGAAAAAAUUGGUGUAUUGGUGCGACACUGGACUGCUGUCGGACCACAGCGAUGAGGACUAUUACCUCGCGGACAUUGUGGAGCUUGGUGUAACAAAGGCAGACCUCAUACAACGGUUGACAAAGCGGAAGAUAUCCGUGCCAGAAUUUAUUUUUGAUGGAGACUCAUCUGCAACAAGUGGUUUGGCGACGAACUCGCAGGUUCCUUCAGCGAAAAAGGCCGCCCGCAAUGUGCAAGCCGCAAAACGCCGCAAACUGGCGAGGUUAAUGUCCGAUGAUCAGGGCACGAGUUCUGAUGAUGGUGAAGAUGAUGUUGUUCCAAAAAAAUUGCUCUUGGCAGAGCAGCAAAAAAAUGCAGCCCUGUGUCGGAAGCUGGCAGCACUCCGAAAAGAAAAAGAUGAGCUGCAAGCACGUCACGACCGCCUGGAGGACCACCUUCUCAACAAACUGGAUUCCUGGUUCACAGCAACUUGCCAACGUUGUUGCAAGGAAAACAGUGUGCCUUGCCCGAAUGCCACACCUCCAAAUAUUGGUGCAGAUGACAGUGGAGCAGCAGUACUUGCUUCCCAAAGCUCAGAGGAGUCUGACGUUGCAGUGCCAGGGGCCUCUAUUAUGCUGCAACCUGCAAAUCCACCAUCGCAGGCCGUGCGCAAUCAAGAGUCUGACGUUGCAGUGCCAGGGGCCUCUAUUAUGCUGCAACCUGCAAAUCCACCAUCGCAGGCCGUGUGCAAUCAAGAGUCCGACAUUGCACUGCCGGCAGUUUUUGCUGAGGUUAAUGGCAAGGUACACCUAGGAAAUGGUGUGUUCGUUGACAAGGAGAGGUGGGACCUACUCCAGGGCCGUGGCCGGGACUCCCUGUUCUGCAAAGAACUGGCGAAACUGGUGUGGGGAGUCCCGGCACUCAGGGGUAGGAGCGUCACUGGGGCUCUUUGUCGCCGCUUUCUUAAGGACACCAAUGCUGUGGAAAAGCCGGCUUUAAGCCCCCAUAAAUUGCAAGCUGUAGGCAACGCAUUCGAUGCAUACCUUAGAAGAUGUGCCCCUGAGGAAGAGAAGAAGUUGCGGCGCUCCAAAAUGAAUAGAUACCUGGCAGACAUGCUGAGGGAUCUAAAAUAAGCAUGCAAUAGUGUACACAUACAGGGUGUUUCAGCGAACACUUUCAAAAAAAUCACAGCAUAUCCACGGGGUGAAUGAUGAUGAGUGGGCGAAGCUCCGGAGGGAAUCAUCGGAUCUCCCGCUUAAGGGGAUGCUAGCACAAACGCGUUAGAAAUGUGCAGUACUCUCUAGUAAGGUGGAGCGGCCACAGCGUCUUACGCAGCCAUUUACACAUGCCGGAACGUGCACCGCGUUUGCCGACGCCAUCACAUGACUGCUGAGAUAGUAUACCCCCGUAUUCAUAAACGCUCCUCGACUUGAACUUGACUUGCCACCGCUUUGGGCAGCGCGUUCGAAACGCGUUGAAGGUAAGGCGGAGAGGCCACAGCGUCUUACACCAGCUUCUUACACGGGCCGUAACGCGCUAGCACAAACGCGUUAGAAACGCGCUAGAAACGCGGCCUUUCGUUAAUGUUGGGUAUUUAUUGCCAUCGUGGUGCGUGUGUCCAUGUCCGCUUCGUGGCGUAGUGGGCUAACGCCGCGCGCUCGGAAGCGAGGGGUCCCUGGUUCGAUUCCGUGCUACGGACACAACUUUCGGAAUUUUUUUUCUCAUUUUUCUCAGACUGGUUACACACUACUACAACGACGAGGACGAACGGGUGCCGCUAUAAGGAGCUUCGCCCCUAAAAAUUCUGAAAGGUUGCCUGUGGCAGAUAGCACAAUUGUAGCUCAUGAGCUGGUCUACUCGAUGAGGCGAACAUUACUUGCACAAGAAAUCUUAAGGCAUAAUCAAAUAAUUAACAGAAAUUCAGUGAUUAAGUUUAACUAAUUACCUGAUGGCCCAUAUUGCAAUUCACAAAUUGUAGCCGUGGAGUUCGCAAGGCGGAUACACUUGGAACGAAUUCCCGGGAUGACGCCAGUUUCGAGAUAUUAAUUCCCGAACAUUGCGGAGAAAUGCAUUGGCGUUCCAGUUGGGUUCUUAACAAAACAUCGCUUUAUGCAUUGAAGCACAAAAUUAACUGGAACGCCAAUGCAUUUCUCCGCAAAGUUCGGGAAUUAUCUCGAUACUGGUGUCAUCCUGAGAAUUAAUUCUAAGUGGAUCCGCCUUGCGAACUCCACAGCUACAAUUCGUAAAUUGCAAUAUGGGCCAUAAGGUAAUUAGUUAAAAACUUAAUUAGUGAAUUUUUGUUAAUUAGUCGAUUAUGCAUUUCAAUUUUUUGUGCAAGUAAUGUCCGCCUCUUCGAGUAGACCAGCUCAUUAACUAGAAUUGGGCUGUCCGCCACAGGCAACCUUAAAUAAAUUUUGAAAGUGUUCGCUGAAACACCUUGUAUAUGUAAAUGCAGUAAACCUCCUUAAUUUGAAGUUGUAGGGGCCAUGGAAAAUCUCAGGAUUAAGCAAACAAUAAUACGAUCCAGACUAAGAUUUAAUUACAAUUUUUGUUGCUACUUUUCUUUGCUACAAUGUGGUACUUUUAUUUGACGAAUUUUGGAUUACUGAAAGUAAUCAGUGAUGCUGGUUUGUCGCAUCCAGUAGUUCGUGGUUUUGAGGGUAAUGUUUGCCAGCAGGCCAACUACCGUAUUUACUUGCAUAAUGACCGCAUCCCUGAACUCUGUGGCAUAAAAAUUUGUUUCCCCUCCUUCAUGCCCUGAUAACACCCCGUACGUACCGUCAUAGCAGGUAACAACGGCAUUAACGACACGUGUUCACUAUUUUUUAGGCACCUAUUGCGCACCGUGCUUUAACCCUUUUGUGGUCAAUCACGUGAAUAUAGGCUUCGCGAACAAAUCAGAAAUGGUCUAUGCGCCAUAUAUUUACGGCGCUGGCUGCAUCUCAAGAAUUAAGUGCUCUAAUUUUCUAACUUACCCAGCAUGUGCUGGCACUCUAUGGGAAUAAGGGAAUCUUUUUGUUGCGCCAAUGGCUUUUGUAUUCCGUUUCUUUUUUUCCUUACUCCGACGCGUGUAUACUACCGCUUGCACAUCCAGGCGUGCAAACACUUUCUGCUCAUUUAAUGCUCACAGGGGCGCGAUUACAUCCGUUCACAGGCAGGCACUGGUACACACAAAUGAUGCCGCCGUGCCAGCGUUUACUCUUUUUAUUUUUGAGGCUCGCGCAAGCUCAUUGCAUCUCGUUGGCAAUAAGAUGAAGGAUUAGCAGAGGUUUCUCACUCUUUGUUUUCUGAUGGACGCAUAUCCAUAGAGCUUUCCUGAAUGCGCUCGCCUAUGCAGUUUGAUUACGUUAUGGUCAGAUUAUGGUAUACCAAGGCAAAAGAUAUUUUUUUCUCACUUUAGUUUCAGCUGAACAAAUUACGGUAAUAAUAUUUUGAAAUAAGUCUCUGAAUAAUUUAUAAACGUGCAGUAAAAAAAGCUACCCGUGGGGGUCGCAUUUGGCAAAAAAAAUCCACCUUCAGAGGGUUUUGCCCUGGAUCAGUAUGUGCAAGUUGCACUCAAUAUAAAAGCUUUGGAGUGUGCACUUGAGCACAGCAACCAUGCUUCCGGCAUGCAAGCACGAACAGAACACUGUCCCGCAUUAUUUUUCUUAAUGGUGACAUUAGAUGCACCGUAUCAUUAAACAGCUAGGCAUAGACAACAAGAACCCAUGGCCACAGCAGAAGGUUCAUAUUAUCGAGGUUUAACUGCAUGUAGUUGUGUAAAUAAAGUGUAUACUGGUGUGGUAGGAGGACGGCAAUUUAAUGUUUGUGCUCGGUGUGCGGGGCCGAGAGGUGAAAUGCGCGGGCUUUUCAGUGCUUGUGUUCGGUGUGCGGGGCCGAAAAGUGCGGGAGUGCGCGUGGCUGGUGCGCGUGGUCGGUGCGCGUGGUCGGUGCGCGUUCCACGACAGAGCAGCUAGAGCGACGGAGCCAACAAGCUCAGCGGAACGGGCCAGCUCGGUGGGCUCUCGCCAGGCUCUGCUGAUCGAACGGCGGGCCACGUCUCGACGUCAACGAUCCCGACCCUGUUAAACCGGGCUUCGCCACGGUUCGCUGUCCCUGGAGGCCGAGCUACCGGACGGAUCCUGCGAUGGUCGGGCUUCGCCCCGGCUCCCUGACGUUCCGAUACGGGCUGUGCUGCGGCGUCCAGCGCCGUUGCGGCGUCCAGCGUACGGGCCGCCUCCUUGCAUCAAGGAAGACGACGAUCGCCGGGGGGCGCUGCGCGUGUUCAGCCAUCUUGGCCAUCUCAGCCAACAGUCCCUGUUGAUAAAUCUUGUCCCGCUUCUACCUGUUUGACACCCCGUCACACAUUGGUGGAGGUGCUGGGUAUUCUCGCCAGACGACGGAGCUGCGGUGCGACCACCAUGGCACACCCAACCAGAAUCUGCUUCUGCGCCGCGGACACCGAUUGUAGAAGUCCAACCCCGAGACCCUGGAGCGUUCAACGGGACCGAUGGUAUCAACGUUGAGGAAUGGUUUACGCUAUACGAACGGGUGAGCGAUUCCAACCACAGGGACCUGACAGUCAUGCUGGCCAAUGUGGUGUUUUAUCUUAGUGGAACGGCGAAGUUGUGGUAUGACAAUCACGAGGCCAACUUUGGGAGCUGGGAUACAUUCAAACAAAAGCUCCGUGACCUGUUCGGUAAGGCCUCCAGUCGAAAAAUCGCUGCGAAGCAACAGCUAGCUGUCAACCCGCGCCCAGACGUCCACGGAAUCAUACUUGUCGUACAUACAGGAUGUAUACUGGCGCUGUGCCGUAAAGCUGACAGUAACAUGCCAGUCUGACAAGGUUGGCCACGUCCUGAAAGGGAUAGCGGAUGACGCAUUCAAUUUGCUGAUGUGCAGAAAUUGUGCUACUGUUGAUGCCAUGAUCGAGGAGUGUCAGCGCUUCAAGCAGGCUUAGAGCCGCCGUAUUGAACGACCAUUCGCCCGGCUUCCCAACACCGCUGCAACGUCUUCAUGUGAAGAGCGGCCGCAAUCUAACCUUUCGGCCGAAUUGACGAGGAUUGUUCGCCGCGAAAUCGAGGCAAUGGCUCCCGAUAGCCUCUUUACCAGCUCUAACGCCGGCUACUCGAGCGCACCAGCGGUUUCACUCGUCCAAGCCAUCGUGCGAAACGAACUCGCGAAUCUCGGGGUUCACGCUGCUUGCGCCGUUGUCAGCCCGACUCCCGCUUCCGGGGCCCCGACAUCGUUCUCUCGGUAUCCACGGUUCGCUCCACGAUCUCGGAACCCUGCUGAUUGGCGAACUGAAGACGAUCGGCCUAUCUGCUUUAACUGCCGCCGUGUCGGGCACGUUGCUCGCUACUGUAACAACCGCUGGUCGUUCCCGCAACGUACUCCAUCCUUUGGCCAUGCUCGCCGCCUUGAUUGCAGCCCUUUUGAGCCACUAUCUGCGGCACACCAUUACAAUCCUGAUGCUGCCACGACAUGGUCCAGCCGCUCUCCGUCACCUAGAGGUCACCAGUCGCAUUCGCAACCAUACUGCCGUCCGUCCUCCCGCUCCCCGCCACCUCGUCGCGCCCCGUCGCCAAGCAACCGUGGCUCCUUCACUCCGGAAAACUAAACGAUGCAGCGCCCGGAGGUAACGCUGCAUCGACGACUCUGCCCCAAAACCCUCUAGUUACUCUGCCGACUCGACGGUGUGUGUUGGACGUUGAUGGCGUGACGAGUUCUGCACUUGUCGACCCUGGGGCUUCUAUUUCUGUCAUGAACUCUGGUCUUCGCCGUCGCCUAAAGAAGGUGGUCACACCUGCUGUUUCCCACGUUUUAUAUUGGUAAAUAAAGUGUUUUCAAUGUAUAA